GACUUUUUGCUUAACCUCUAAAGAGAGAGAAUUGUCGGAUUCUCCUAACUACACAACAGCUAUGGAAGCCCAGCAAUCAUUUCCAGCCAACCUUCCCGGAAUCUAUUACCACAGCCAAUCAUGUCUUGACCAUGGUCCACCUUUCACAGGCUGGAUUGAUAUGAAUGAACCAAGCUGGACAAGCACUCCAACUCAAUCAUUCGAGCUACCAGUAGACUUCCACACUCUACCGAAUACAGAUUUCACAAAAGAGACAACCAAGAAUUACCCGGAAUCGAUUUCGGUCAAUGUUGAUCUACCUUCCCCAAGAAUUGAAAAACGACGUGUCCAGAAUCGCGCCUCGCAAAAAGCUUUUCGGCAGCGUCAGGCGGACUACAUGCGGACGCUGGAACUAGAGCUAGAAGAGCUCCGUACAAAGUAUGACAACUUGUGCCUGCAGGUAGGGCGAAUCAAACAGGCGGUGGAGGAAAUGUGCAUGGAAGGGUUGAAGCCUUAGACUCCUUGAGAGAAUGGAUUGAGACAAGUUGGAGGAAGCGGAUGAAGAUUCGGACGAAAACUACGUGGAAUUGAGUAUGGCUGAGAUUCAGAACCUAGUCUCCCACUCUCUCAUAUCCAUUUGUUUGAAUGCGGAGGGUCAUGAUAAAAGCAUUUUCAUCUUGGCAAAACCCUGUAUUCGUUUAUUUCGCACGGUUCUGGUAGUUCACUCAAAACACUUAAAAAAAUGAAAUAAAU